UCGCAACACUCUUCUAAUUUCAACCUGAAUCGAGUCGACGAUUUCUUCGGCAUUCUUUCAUCCGUAUUCAUUCCUAUUUUCCUUUGGAAAUUGAAUAAGAUGUCAAUCAAAUUCUACGCGAAAUCAAUCUUGGUGUUUAUUAUUGUUGGCUUCGUUAUUGGUGCUGAAGAUUACACAGAUUACGGAGAUGAGGUACCAGACAAAAUGCCAAUAGAAAAUAUUCACGAACUGUAUAGACUUUUGUUGCAACAUAAUGCUUUAGAAAAUAUUGGACUUGGCGAGACUCCGUUGGAACACUUAAUGAUUCGAAAAUCUCAGCGAUCGCCUUCGUUGCGUCUACGUUUCGGACGUUCGAAUCCUCAUUUGUCUAUCGGAAUUCCAAGACCUACAAGUGUUAUUUCAUCAUCAAGAUUCGACAAGUGAACAAAUAUGGAUAAUUAUGUUCCCUCGGUUUUCUUCUAUUUAUUAUAAAAACUGCAAAAUAUGUGUGAUAUGUUGAUAUUUGUCAAAAACACUUAUGUUGAAGAUAUUUUUACGAGAAAUGUGAAUUUUAUUUUAUUACACAUAGAGCAUGAGUAAUUGCUAUUAUUUCCUUAAUAUAUGACUUAUGUCUUUUUUAUUUCAUAAAUUUUAAAUAUAAUAUUUGCGUUUCACUUUU